AUGGCGUCUCAGGACCCUCAUCAGAUCGCGCAGCUUGUGAAUGCCCUGAACGAUGCCUCAAAACAAAAGGGCGGGAAGAAACAACCCUUCACUUGCAAAAAGAACACUUUCGCCGUUUCUAACACCAAAAAUGUCACCGUGGACUCGUGGAAGUUCAUGGAUUGGGACUACAAACGCUCUGGUCUACCAACAUAUGCUCGUGGUCUCUUUACAUCCCGACGACGAGAUAAUGUCCCCGAAAUUGUCACUCGUGGAUAUGACAAGUUCUUCAAUGUCGGCGAGACCAGGAACACUGAAUGGCCUAACAUUGAGAAGAAUACACGAGGACCAUACGAACUGAGCGUAAAGGAGAACGGAUGUAUUAUUUUCAUCUCUGGGUUAGAGGAUGACACGCUCCUAGUAUGCAGCAAGCACUCGACGGGUCAUCGUGAGGAUGUCAAACUCAGCCACGCCCAGGCCGGUGAACAAUGGGCUGAACGCCAUGUUUCGUCUGUGAACCGAUCUGUUAAGGAGCUUGCCCGUACUCUGCGUGCGAUGAAUGUCACCGCAGUGGGAGAACUUUGUGAUGACAACUUCGAAGAGCAUGUUCUGGCCUACGACGAAGCCGCCUCAGGUAUCUACCUCCACGGUCUCAACUACAACCAGCCUGAAUUUGCCACCAUGUCAUGCGACGAGGUAAAUCAGUUUGCAGAGGAUUGGGGAUUCAGGAAGACUAAGUUCGAGGUCUUUGACGAUAUCUACCGAGUGCAGAGCUUCCUGGAACACUGCGCCGAAACGGGAACUUGGGACGGCCGUGAGACUGAAGGAUUUGUCAUUCGAUGCCAGUUGAGAGACGGUGAAAUUUCGCCCUACCGGCACUGGUUCUUCAAGUACAAGUUUGAAGAGCCCUAUCUGAUGUAUCGCCAGUGGCGUGAGUGCACGAAGGCCGUGAUAUCUGGCAAAACACCCAAGAUUCGCAAGCAACAGCAAGUGACAGAGGAGUACCUCCUAUUCGCCCGAAGGACCUUUGCCAAGAAUCCCAAGAUGAUGGAUGAGUAUCAACAUAACCAUGGUAUCAUCGCUUUACGUGAAGCAUUCCUCCGGGAACGUGGCCUGAAGGGUUCCGAGAUCGUUGCUUUGGAAGCCCAAAGGCAACUUGAAGGCCAGCAAACUACCCAGAAUGUCAUUCUUGUGCCAGUUGCUACCCUAGGCUGUGGAAAGACGACGGUUGCCUUGGCACUAGUCCGCCUCUUCGGCUGGGGACAUGUUCAGAACGACAACAUCCCCAAAGUGAAAGGUAAACCCAAAAGGUUCGCAAAUGAAGUCAUUCAUUCGCUUGCAGACCGUGAAGUCGUCAUUGCCGAUCGCAACAAUCACCAACGGCGCGAACGCAAGCAGCUCAUGGAGGAUAUCAACCCUGUGCUCCCCGAUGCGCAGUUUGUGGCUCUUCACUACGUCCACGAACCGAAGGGUCAGCUUCUUCCACAUAUCAAAGAAGUCACCCGCAAGCGUGUCUUGGAUCGUGGCGACAACCACCAAACCAUCCGAGCUGGAACCAACGACCACAGUGAGAUCAUUGGAAUCAUGGAGGGAUUCUUGGGCCGCUUCGAGGGGAUUGACACCAGCCGCACCCCAGACAUGGCCUUCGACCAUGUCUUCGACCUUGAUGUAUGCGCCUCGUCUCGCGAGAACCUCGAAACGGUCGUCAAAGCUCUGCACGCCGCAUACCCACGCAUCGUCCCCACGAUGCCAUCGGCAGAAGAGCUCGAUGCUGCCAUAGCCGCCUCGCUGGACGACUAUACUGUUGAGAAGGAUCUCAGCUACAGCUACGGCGCACCCCAGAAGCAAAAGAACAAGAACAAAUCUCCAGGAGGUGGUGUCGUUGUUCCCCAACCGGAGAACACCGCGAAAUCCCCCAGCAGCCUUGCCAAAAAGAUCGAAUACUUCAACAUCUCUCUACCCACCAAAGAAAUCUCCUCCGUCCUCCAAUCUCUCUUCCCUCCCUCCACCCCCGCUCAAACAGCGCAGCUUUACCGCCAGCUUGUCAACUCACGCCGCCUCCAAGCAGCCUUCCACGUCACGCUCAUCCAUCGCGCAUCAAAGCAGGAUCACCCAGACAUCUGGGACCGCAUGACCAACCGAUACAUAGAUGUGCAGACCAACGACCCGGUUCCAGAACCCUCGCGCUACCCACCAACCCUCGGCUCUGCACGCGUCCGUCUCGAGCGUCUAGUCUGGGACAACCGCAUCAUGACCUUCGUUGCGCGUAUCCUGCCAGCAAGCGGCGAAGACAUUUCCGACGCCACUUCUGAAUGGCAGUGUGCCAAUGCCAUUCCGCAUAUCACGGUCGGUACGGCUGCGCCUGACGUCAAGCCGAAGGAGAGUAAUGAUUUGCUGCGCCGGUGGGUUGAGACUGGAUCCGGUGGUGACACGGGAAUCUUUGAGGCCGAAGUGCAGGGUGUGAAGGUUGUCGAUGGAGUGGUGGGGUUGGUUAUGAGUCGGGGGAAGCAUUAA